UUAGUUAUUUCAUGGGGUGCACUGAUGGUUUUGGUGAUUGGUGUAAAGAACAACUGAAAUUAGAGUAACAUUUGGAAACUUCGAUUGACUUUUCGAGGAAACAUUACAAUUUUGUUGAGAUUGUGUGGUGGAGACGGAGCAUUGAUAUACUGAGGUGGAUAGAGGGAAUUAAUAUGCCGAAGAGAAGUUAGUUUGUUUCUUUUCUUGUUUAUAUUGAUCAUGUUUCAUACUAGUUAUGGACAGAAGUGAGCCCUCAUUAGUUCCUGAAUGGUUGAAAAGCGGUGGAAGUGGUACUGGCGGUGGCACUACAGCCCACCAAUUUCUUUCAUCCUCAUCGCACUCAGACGAUCAUGCUGUAUCAAAGCCUGCAAGAAAUAAGUCUUCAGUAAACAUUAUUGAUCAAGACAUAGGACAUUCUGAUCGGGCCACAUCCUCAUAUUUUCGACGGAGUUCUAGCAGUAAUGGUUCUGCUCACUCGCAAUCUUACAGUAGUUUUGGUAGGAGUCACCGUGAUAGAGACUGGGAUAAGGACAUUUAUGACUCUCGUAAUAAAGAGAAGUCAAUUUUGGGUGAUCAUAAGCAUCGGAACUAUUCUGAUCCGUUGGGGGACAUUUUGCCGAGUAGGUUUGAAAAGGAGAGGUUAAGGCGUUCACAGUCAAUGAUAUCGGGGAAACGUGAAGAGACGUGGCCUAGAAGAGUAGCAACUGACUCAAGCAAUGGCAACAAAAACAACCAUAGCAAUGGUAAUGGCCUGUCUGGUGGGGGCAGUCCCAUCACCAGUAUGAACAAGCCUGCAUUUAAAAGAGACUUUCCAUCUCUUGGAGUUGAGGAAAGACAAGCAGCAUUUGAAAUAGGAAGAGUCCCAUCUCCUGGCUUGAGUUCUACCAUUCAAAGCUUACCAAUGGGUAGCUCGGCUGUGAUAGGUGGUGACAAGUGGACUUCAGCAUUGGCUGAGGUGCCUGUGAUGGCUGUUAGUAAUGGCACCAGUGCUUCAUCUGUUCAUCUUUCAGGUCCUGCUGGUUCAGCUUCCGGCAUGUCGUGCACAACGAAUACUCUCAAUAUGGCUGAAACUUUGGCCCAGGGUCCUCCUCGUGCUCAGACUAAUGUGCAGUUGUCUGUCGAAACUCAGAGGCUUGAAGAGCUGGCUAUUAGACAGUCUAGGCAAUUAAUUCCUGUGACACCUUCCAUGCCUAAAGCUUUGGUAAGAGUCGAUGCCUCUGUUCAUUGA